AUGUUUCGUAAAAAAAAGGUAGACUCAGUCCCAAAACUGUACAAUCUGGGAAAUUCGUUGAAAGACUUGGGACUCCAAAUAACUGCAGAUCGUCGGCUACGUAAAUUAUUUUCUGCAGACGAAUUGUAUGAAUUUUCUAUAACUAAAGACAAAGCCUACAAUGAACAUUAUUAUCAAGCUGUUUUAGAGCAAAUCUACAACUGGACAUUAACAGUGUGCAUGCUUGAGGCCAUUCCUAUGUCUACAGAUGUUUAUAAGACGGAUGAACCUUACGUACUCUUCUAUACCACUAAAAAUUGGAAAGAAAACAAGAAAGGAAUGGUAAUAAUUAUUCAGCCUUUUUCAUAUCCUUUAAUAUGGUCAAAUAGGAAUAUUAGAGAACAUGAUUUAGGUGAUGCAACUUUCGUCAACACGGUUUCUAAAUGUGUGGAUAAUGGCUAUGCCGUGGCUAUCUUCACGCCUUCUGCCUUACUCUGGGAUGCAGAUAAAAAAGUUCCACGAACUAUAUCUUCAUUUACCAGCACAGGAAAGCAUAUUACGAAGAAGAACUAUAUCCCUUCCAUCAAAUCACCAGAGGAUUAUGUGACUAAAGGAAUUGAUUACAUUCUUUCGGAAUGUCAGGCCUCAAAGAUAUAUUACAUCGGCGCUGAAUAUGGUUCUCAACUCUUAAAUACGUAUUUAGACACUAAUUGGGAAAGAUUGUCAUCGAGGACAGCAUUUGUUAUUCUCCUACAGAACAUCACCUCGAUGUUUGAGCUUAGUAACAAAAGUUUUAUAGAAUUCUUGUUAAAGGUUUGUAUAUUUAUUUAA